AUGGACCCAAAUAUGGACGCUGAAGCCCACACCCCCCUGAAACCAUCGAACUCAGUCGACCAAAGCGUCCUCGAUGCCCGCGACCUCGCCGCCCUGGGCCAUGACCAAGCCCUGUCUCGCAAAUUCGACAUCUGGAGCAUGCUCGCCCUUGCCUUUUGCGUACUGGGUACAUGGUCAACGUUCGCGCAAGACCUCGCUAGCGGACUCACAAACGGCGGUCCCGUAAGUAUUCUUUGGGGACUGUGUCUCGUCACAGCCUGCAAUUUAUGUGUUGCCGUCUCCCUGGGCGAGUUGUGCAGUAGCAUGCCCACCGCGUUAGGGCAAGCAUACUGGGUCCACAGGCUCUGGGAACAGAAACGCUUCGGCCGUUUCGCCUCAUACAUGUGCGCAUGGAUAAACACGUUUGGCUGGUGGACCUUAACCGCCUCUCAGAUCGGAUUCAUGACCAAUUUCAUGCUGGGCAUGAAAAUAAUGUUCGACAACGAGUGGGCCGGUGCCAGCGAGGGGUGGGUUCAGUUCUUGGUGUAUAUCGGCAUCACCAUCGUCAUCACCAUUAUCAAUCUGGUGGCCUGUCGCAAUGACAAAUUCUUGCCCUAUUUCAACGAUUUUGUGGGCGUAUGGUUUUGCGGGUUGUUUGUCGUGUUCAGUCUCGCGCUCCUGAUUGCCGUGGGCACGAAACCCGACCUCUCGUUCCAGCCUGCGAGCUUCGUGUUCGGCAAAUGGAUUAAUCAGACCGGUUGGUCGGACGGCGUAACCUGGUUCAUCGGCCUCGUGCAAGCAGCCUAUGGCUUGACUGCAUUCGACAGCGUGAUUCAUAUGGUCGAAGAAAUCCCGGCACCUCGCCGAAACGCGCCUCGCGCAAUCUAUCUCGCUGUGGCAUGCGGCGCCAUUUCCGGAUUCAUUUUUAUGUUGGUCUGUCUAUUCUGCAUCCAAGACGUGGAUGCAAUCAUUAACUCCGCCACGGGCCUGCCCUUCAUGGACCUCGUGCAAAACGCAAUCGGCCUCCGCGGCGGCGUCGCGCUCAUCGCUCUCUUCGUGUUUAAUGGGCUAGGUCAGAGCGUGAGUAUCGCCACCACCGCAUCGCGAUUAACAUGGGGGUUUGCGCGAGAUUCCGGUGUGCCGUUUAGUGGAUACUUUGCGUGUGUUGAUCAGAAAUGGAAAGUUCCUGCGCGCGCGUUGUGGCUUCAAGGUGCUUUGGUUGGGCUCGUGGGGAUUCUGUAUCUCUUCGCAAACACCGUCCUCGACGCGAUUCUGAGCGUGAGCACAAUCGCCCUCACCAUAUCCUACGGCCUCCCCAUUUUCGCUUUAUUGGUUGUGGGCCGCGACAAACUCCCCGCAGGAGGCACAUUCCGCCUCGGCCGUCGUGUAGGCCCCAUCGUGAACUGGGUCAGCGUGAUAUACUGCUGCAUCACGACGGUAUUCUUCUUCUUUCCGAGCAGCCCGAACCCAGCACCGAGCGAUAUGAAUUACGCCAUUGCGGUGUUUGGGGUUAUGCUUGUUAUUGCGGUCAGCUUUUGGUUUGUGAGGGGCCACAAGGAGUAUUUGUUGACGGAGUCGUCGGCGGAGAGGUUGAUGGAGGCGCGGAGACUUCAGGAUGAGGUUGAUCAUGACGUUGUGGCUGGACCGGUGGGUGAUGCUGGGAAGAGCAGUCCCAAGUAA